CUCAAAGCUUCUCAAUUUUAAUUUCAGUAAAAACGAAUUUUUCUCUCUUCACCGACGGCGAAGGCGACGGCUAUCUGCUCCACCGACGAGCAUGAGCUCUCCUCCUCCUCCUCUCGCCUCUCUUCCACCGACGAGCCUGAGCCUGAGCCUGAGGCUUCUCUGAAACAUUAUAUGAAAAACAAUGGUGAGUGCCAAAGAAAGAAAUCAGAAGAUGUUAAGAAACUGAAAUGGUGGAAUCAAGUUUACUAG